AUGACCUUGGUUAAAUUGUCUAAAGAACGCUUGCAGAACAUGAGAGAUUCUAAAUGGCCAUCAUUUCUUGAAGAUGUUAACUCAUUUUGUCGUAAACACGAUAUAUCGAUCAUUCAGAUGGAUGAGGAUUAUGUACCUCCAGGGAGAUCACGGCGAUACGGACAGGUAAUAAAAAAUUUACAUCAAUAUCAAGUUGAAUUAUUUUAUGUUUGCAUAGAUAAACAACUUGCUGAACUCAACAAUCGCUUUGAUGAAAUGAAUAUGGAAUUACUUGUUUGUAUGUCGUGCCUAAACCCGAAGAAUGAUUUUGUUGCUUUUGAUACCAAGAAUUUGGUUCGUCUUGCCGAAUUUUAUCCUGAUGACUUCUCAGAGCAAGAACGCAUGGACCUUGAAAAUCAACUCGAGGUUUAUGAAAUGGAUAUGAAAUCCAAUGAUGUAUUUAAAGAGUUAAAUGAAAUUAGCAGUCUAUCUAAGAAAUUGGUUGAGACUGGGAAGGAUGUUGUAUAUAAUUGGGUGUAUAAGCUUAUAAAGUUAUCACUAAUCUUACCAGUUGCUACCGCUGCGGUUGAAAGAGCUUUUUCUGCAAUGAACAUUGUCAAAUCUCGCCUACGGAAUCGAAUGGGGAUGAAUGGUUAA